GCGGACUCACCAGUAGUGGACAGUGUGACAGGGAGAUAAAACACUGACAGAGCUGUAUCUACAGCUGACAAGAAGAACAGAGAGCUCUCUGCAACUCAUCAGCACUUCUAAAAACAAUGGAAGUAGUUCUUACCAGACUGAGAGAUUUCUCCUGUAAAGAAACUUCUUUUGAUCACUGUAAAGCAGCAGUGAUGUGCAGGGACCAUUCCUCAUCCCAGGAGGUGUGCAGAGGGAAGCGUAUGGCUGGAGAGGGGGAUGCAGGCCGGCUGGACAUUGAGACUGCACUGGCCUGGCUGAGGAAGGAGCUGAUGGAGAUGCGCUCUCAGGACCAAGCUUUGAUUCGCCAGCUGAUGGAUCUUCAUGACGGCAUUCAGGAACUGAAGCAGGAGUGUGCAAAAGCCAUAGAAGAUGAGGAAGAGGAGGAAGAGGAACCUUGUUGGGACUCUGGGAGUGAGGGUGGGGGAAGCAGUAUGUCCUCCUUCUCAGGAGAAAUGAGCUUUUACCCUUCUAUCUACUCCUUUAGCACAUGUAUGAGCCCUGCUUCUCUUGGAGCCUACCUGCCCAAACGGGCCUUUAGUAGACGCAGCUCUGUGCCCUGAAACCUCCAGUUCAGAUCACAUGUGCUUGAUUAAUACAAUGUGUGCCAAUAUGCAUGUUACAGUAGUUUUGAGUCUCACAGAAGAACAAAUGAUGAAUUACUUAUGUGAGAAAUUUCAUGUCACACGGGAUACUGUAUUUAAAACAACCGGAGUAACACAACUGCCUUAUGCUCAGAACAUACUAUAUACUAUAAAGUGAAAAAGUAAAAUAUUUACACUGUGAAAAACUUGACAAAGUCUUUGGUGAUAGACUACUAUUCUACCUGAAUACACUAAUAGAGAUACAUAGAAUGCACUGAGGAAGUUUGUUUUACUUAAACAGCGCUUAUAUAUCUGUAAAAGUAUUUUCUCUCAUUUCACAAAACUGAAGUGCCUCUUCAAACUAAGUGCAUGACACUGACAGCAAAAGAAAGUUACAAGAAUAUUGUUUUGAAAGUUGAACAAUGAACAACUCAUUCAAUUGUAUUUUGAGAGUCAUUGGAAAAUAAUGAUUUUUGUUGUUGUUUUUUUCACUGAUAAUCUAAUUUUUCUGGGACAAAUAUCACUAAUGAUAUGCUAUGACAUGCUUUGACAUCAUACUUAUAUCAUACUUGUACCACAAGUACGAUAAUAAAAACCUACAAACCUGA